AGCUAGCUAGUCCAAACCAAUCUUUGGUCCAAGUAGACGUGUGUAGCAAGCUGUGGGAUCGAUCUGACGUGUCUGAGAACUGAAGCUAGUUUAAAAGGGUUUUGACCCGAUGUUUAGGACUCUGUGCUGGAAUUGGAUCAAGAUAAAUUAUUCAAUUUUUUUUUUGCAGCAGAAACCCUGAAGUGAAGACAAGGAAGCUGAGUUCACCGACCGCAGACAUGGCAGAAGUCACGGAAGUCAUGUCAGUUUAAUGGAGUCGCCGAGACGUAGAACUCUGGGGUUCGCACAGUUCAUCGUCGCCACGUUCCCACCGCGUUCGUCAUGUUCGUGGGUGCAUAGAGCAUGGAAGCAAGCAGUGGGAGCAUGGGGCGGCGCGGCGGAUGACGAACCCCAGGGUUGUGGGGGGUAUUUAAGACCAGCUGGAAAAUUUCACAUUAACAUAAAACGAUGAGCUGAAGUUUACUCCUCCAGUGUCAGUACAGCGUUACAAGGCUGUGAAAAAUAUGGUCAAAAAAUUGCAACCCAAAAAGGUCCUUGACAUGGGUUGCGGAGAGUGUUGUUUACUGAGGCAGCUCAAGCACAAUGACAGCAUCGAACAGCUAACAGGAGUCGAUGUGGAUGGAGAUGUGCUACAGGCCCACAGAUACCUUGCUAAGCCUCUCACAUGGGAGUAUUUGAAUCCUCGAUCCCAUCCAUUCAUCGUCAGCCUGUAUCAGGGCUCCAUCGGUGAGAAGGACUCGAGGAUGCUGGGAUACGACCUGGUCCUGUGUGUAGAAAUCAUCGAACACCUGUAUCCAGACACUUUAGCUGCUGUUCCAGAGGUGAUGUUUGGAUUCAUGCGGCCACAGACUGUUGUUUUCACCACGCCCAAUGCAGACUUCAAUGUCCUGUUCCCAGACUUCCAAGGCUUUCGGCACUGGGAUCAUAAGUUUGAAUGGAGCAGAGAAGAGUUCCGGUCAUGGGGCAACCAGGUAGCCAGUGACUACGGUUACACGGUGACCUAUGAGGGCAUCGGUGCAGGGCCUCCAGGCACUGAGCAUCUAGGUUGCUGCACACAGAUGGCUGUCUUCACUUGCAAGUCACCACCAAAAGAGGGCAGCAGACAGCAUGACUGUAGCGGUGAAACACCAUACAACCUAAUUUGUGAAGUUAAAUACCCACAUCGUGCAAUCACUACAACACCAGAAGAGCAAAUCUUAAAGGAGGCCACUUUUUACCUUCGGAGGUUGUGUCACACGGCCAGGCAAGGCCACUCAGAAGGAGAGAAUGGGGGCUCAGACAAUUUAAGGUCAGAUGAUGGAACAUUGAAGGAGAUUGAGGAGACAGAGGAAGAAAGGAUGGUUUCCGUUUCCUUGGAGACACUGAUGAAAUUCUCCUGCCUGAGGAGAGUCUGCCCCAGUGUUGAGAAACUCAGGGAGGUGCUCACCUCAUGUGAGUCCAUGUCUGUGUCUGAAGAUGGGGAAUCUGUCCUUUGCUCGAUUGAAGACCAUGCAUCUGAGAGCGGCAAUCAGUCAGAUGCGAGCAGUACAAGCGAGACUGAAGCCCAGGUUUAUGAGCGAUCGGACUCGAAGGAAAGUGAUUUGUUGUCAUGGCAACAGCAAGAGGAAAGUUGGGAUUGGUGAGUGGCUCACUGGGAAAGGAUUUAUAUGUAACACCAGGCUUACAAUGACAGACCUGUGCACUCAAACCAGUCAUCUUUGAUCACCUCUGAUGCAUGCAAAGUACAUGUGUGAUUGCCUGCUUUGACUUCUUUCCCUCUCAAAAUUUGUUGUCUUUAACCCUAACACUCCUCAGUCCUCCAACAGGUGAAGGAUUGGGGGGGUUAGGGUUAAUGGGGAGAGUAAAAACAUGUGUACAUACAAGGCUCAUUGCCAUUGACACGAAGUACAGCAGUUUGGGGAAACCGAAAUGGCAGAAAUGUGGCUUUGAGUUGAAUAACCCAAACAACAUGUAGCAGGCUGUCCAGGAACCAUAGCAGUCAGUGAUUGAGAAGGUUUUGACCACAGACGUAAACAUGCAGACCAUCAGAUCGUAUUCAAAACCAUGUCAUUUCAUGAUCUGUGAGCACCCAAAGCCAUGGACAUAUUCAACUUUGUGCAGGGAAUGUACUUGCAGUUGAAGAUUUUUGGUCAUAAAAGCUCUGGAAUUGUUUUCCCAUUCUGACAGAAUUUGUGUGUGUUCUUCAUCUGGUUUACCCAGAAUCAAAAACAGAGUGUGAUCAAUCUUUAGAGUGAAGACCUGACAUGAAAUGAGAGGGGGGAAGUUUACAAAUUAGGCAAAAAGCAGUCAUGCACAUUACCAUCCACCAUUUUGCCCAUAUUUAUCCUAAACACUAUCACGUGCAGACAAGUGAUACUCUGUAUACAUUUUUAUGUCCGAGAACAGAAUCAAGUUGGUCUAGAAGUAUGGGCGAUUUCACAAUAGUGCGCCACCAAGAGUUUGCAACGCAUUGGCCAAUCAUAAUGCGGAAAAUUUGUCAACCCUUUCCA